AUUUCAGGUUACUUCCAGGAUUUGUUAAACAAGUCAGAGAAGGCACUUUAUGACACAUUUCCUGGUAUGUAUGGAGACCUUUAUCUCCAGAACAUAAAGCUUUUCAAAGACUUGUAUAGUGAGCUGCGGCAUUAUUAUCGAGGUCCCAACAUCAACUUAGAAGAAGCCCUCAAUGAAUUUUGGACUCGCCUGCUAGAGCGGCUCUUCAAGUUGAUGAAUCCUCAAUACCAGCUUCCGGAUGAGUAUGUGGACUGCAUAGUGAAGCACUCGGAGCAACAUAAGCCAUUUGGAGAGGUUCCAAGGGACCUGAAGCUCAAGGCAACAAGGGCCUUUAUUGCAGUCCGUUCCUUUGUGCAGGGACUUGGUGUGGGCAACGAUGUUGUCAGAAAGGUCUCUCAGGUCCCACUAAGCCAGUAUUGCAAUCGGGCUAUUAUGAAGUUGAUGUACUGCGCACAUUGCCGGGGCAUGUCAAACGUUAAGCCAUGUAACAGUUAUUGCCGCAAUGUCUUGAAGGGCUGCCUGGGCAAUCAUGCUGACCUGGACACUGAAUGGAAGAACAUGAUUGAUUCAUUACUCUUGGUGGCUGACCGUUUUGAUGGACCAUCUAAUGUAGAUAUUGUAAUUGGUACAAUUCAUGCUAGGAUUGCGGAAGCCAUUUCAAACAUGCAAGAAAACAAAGAAUCUAUAACAGCCAAGAUUUUUCAAGGUUGUGGAAAUCCCAAACUCAAUACAAAAGCUGCCAAUGUUGAAGAUAAGAAGAGGCGGGGAAAAUAUGUCAAUGAAGAUAAACCUUCCGGGCUUAGUUCAGAGAAAUUUGUUUCAGAUGCCAAAGGGAAGCUGAGGGAAGUAAGGGACUUCUGGGCUCUCCUCCCAACAACACUUUGUAAUGAAAAAAUAUCCCCUGGUUCUGUGAAUGAGGACAGGUGCUGGAAUGGAAUGACCAAAGGCAGAUACCUUCCAGAUGUGAUGGGAGACGGUCUAGCCAAUCAGAUCAAUAACCCAGAGGUUGAGGUCGACAUCACCAAACCAGACAUGACUAUUCGCCAGCAAAUCAUGCAACUGAAAAUUAUGACAAAUCGAUUGCGCAAUGCAUACAAUGGAAAUGAUGUGGAUUUCCAGGAUACAAGUGAUGACAUCAGUGGUUCUGGAAGUGGUGAUGGCUGCCUGGAUGAGGUCUGCGGCAAAAGACUGUCCAAGAAUUCUAGCACCAGGCCACCAGAGAUACAUCCUAUGCCUAAACAGUCAGGACAAGGCAUUGGUGGAAAUAGCAGCAAUGUACUUUUGCCUUCAUACUUCCUUUUAUUACUUUCUUUGGCUGCUAUGGCAGCCCAGUGCCUGUGGCGGUAACUUGUUUGAGCAGCUGCAAAAGAAACUGUAGUGGCUGAGUCUUAACUUUGCCAAAAAGGUGGACAUAUUUAAUUCAACUUAAUUCAACUUGGCAAAAUGAGAGAGAUGAAAGUUCUUUAUGGUUUGUGAUAACCUGGCAGUGCUAGAGUUGGUUUUUUCCCUUUCUUUCUUUCUUUCUUUCUUUCUUUCUUUCUUUCUUUCUUUCUUUCUUUCUUUCUUUCUUUCUUUCUUUCUUUCUUUCUUUUUCUUUUUCUUUCUUAUAUUAGGCCUUUCCUUCUGUCCUCCAUUUAAAAAACCCUUUAAUUUGCCAGAAAGAGAUACCUAGGGGCUAUGACAGAUCCUGGCAGAUAGGUUUAAUGAACAGAACAAAUAUCCCCCCCCCAAGGCAACACCAUUUUCAUUGACUGAAAUAAAAUAUGCAAUAUCUCAUAUUUUUAUUUAACUGUAGCCAAGAGUGCAUUAUAUUGGUUCAGAACAAUACAUCUUUUUAAUUUAUACAGUUUCAGAUUGCUGUAAAAGGGUUUCAGCUCAUAAUUUUCCAUUCACCAAAGGGCAAAUAGUCUUUCCUUUGCAUGGAUGUAAGAGUAUUAUUUUGUACAAACUCAAUUAAUGAAGGAAUUCGUUAUCCUAGAAUUUGGAACGAAGGUCCUUAAUUUUGCAAAUGUGUUUGUCUGCUAAAAGUAAUAAUUGUCACCCACUAAUAUUAUUCCCACACUCAGGGGAGCAGGAGUAAAAGAUUUGGGUAUUGCAGGAUCCUUUGACAGUAGCUUUCAAGUUAAAACAAAAACGUAAUACGGAGCUGUAUAUACAACACUGGUAGAGAAAGACAUGGGAAGAUGUCUGUCUAGAAAGCCUUCUGAGCUAGAGGCUGAAAAUCUUCCUAUUAUUAAUAAGUGUGACAAGAGUCAAUAUUUACCAAAGGGAUAAUACAAAGAAAUUAUUUUGUGAUUUUUGUGUGUCUGUAUUAUUAUCCUGUAAUCAAAAUUAGAAGUUGCAUGAAUUGAUGCGCCUAGGGCCCAGUUAGAUACUAUCAAAUAUACCUAGAAAUUUAUCAAAAUUUCUGCUGAGUUUUUCAAGGAAACCUGCUCACAGUUAUGUUGGUGGAAAGAGUAAGCAGAGCCAAAUUAUCCCAUAUUAUGUUGGUUUAAUUAACUUAAUGCCUAUCAGAUCAUCAAUUUUGCAAACUUUUCUUAAAUAUUGUUAUUAUAUGCCAGAUCUGAUAUGAGGAUGAUUUGGAUAAGGAUAUAGAAAGAGAGAGCCAAUCACAGGUUGACACCAAUGUGUCCACACAUGUAUUUCUUUUGGGGCAUUUGUGCUUAUACAACUCUCUGCUUUGGGUCCUGAGCUUUACCUGUAAGCAUUUAUUUUUCUCUUUUUUCCAAAAUUUUGUUAUAUCAAACCAACCCUACCAUUUUGACUGAUUAACAGGAAGACUUGAAGUGAACUUUGAUGUUAAUUCACUUUAUUUCAUAUCAUAGCUUCUCUUAGGGAAGCAAGUGAUAUGAAAGCAUAACUUUUUUUAAAAAUAUAUAGGCUUUUCAUAAAUGCUGAAAUCUUUCUAUUCUUUGUCUUAAAGCAAAAAUGAAUGUUGUGUUUCUUAGGAACAGCCUUCAAAGAGGCAGAAGCUGUUAUCAAUUCUGAAACAUUCCUAGUUACAAACAAGGAAACCAUUUCUAGCAUCUUAGCAUUCAAAGGGAUGAGACAGAGAGUGCAAGCAAAUGAAUUCAGUUGAAGUAUUCUGGUUCUGUUUUAUUUAAUACUGGAAAAAAUUAGUUCCCUAAUCACCCCAUUCAGUAUUGGAGGCUGUCUGAGAUUUGAAAACUUGAUUAACAAAGAGUGAUGCCAGAAGGAAUUCUUAGUUGCAAAGUACACCUAGUUUUGUACACAUUAUUUAAAUCCCCUGUGAGUAAAACAGUACUCCCAUCCACUUUCAUUAUUGAUCUAAUCUAUCUAAUACAUUUAUUUUUUAUUUUCAGUUACAUCAUUCUUAAAAUGAAUGUAUUCUUAAAGUGAAUACAAAUGAGGCAUGGAAAUCAAAUAUCCUGCCUCCUUUGAACAUGCUUGAAUGCCAGAGAAAGUGGAAAGUGCCACAUUCAAUUAGUGUUGUAAAUGUAUGUCUGUAAAUACACAAAGAAAUAAACUGCUAUACAUCAUGCAGGGGAAAAAACAUCUGCCAUUUCCUUCUCUGAGUGAAAAUCUGCCAACUUGCUGGAGAGCUGUAAACUUAAAACACUUUGGAGCCUUUUCUAAGACUCAAACUAUGCGUGAAACUGACAAUGUAUUGGUUUUAAAAAACCUGAAGCCUUCCUGAAUCAUUUCUAAAAGAAAGGAAUAUAAAAAAAAAUUGAGGUGAAAAGAGUAGGAUUGUUCAUGCUUCAAAAGUGAUUUAGAAGAGGUCUUUGUGAUGCAUUGGGAACAUGAACACAGUAUCUCUUGGAGGUAGCUACAUCAUUUUUCAGACUUCCCUAUUAACUCGAUAAUGCACGACUGUUUUAAUUCAUUACAUUAGAGAUGCACAUUAGCAGUACUUUAAAAGGACAAUUCAUUAAAGCAGCCAGAAGCAUGAAAAAAAGAUACUGCCACUUUGAAAAGGUGCUGCACAUGUCCCCACACGUUCUGAAGCACCUCUUUGAAAUCAUUGCUGAAGCACAGCCAGCCCUAGAAAAGAACAUGGAGAUGGGGAUGUGUGGCCUUCUUCACUAGCUGAAAGACCACAUGGAAUUAAAUUACAGCAGCAGCAGAAGUAUCCUGUGCUUGCAUGUCCUCCAUGCUCUUAAAUCUGACAUCAGUUCUCUGCUUAAUACGAAAUUGGAUUGAUUUCAAUGAGUCUGCCACCAUCACCCAUCAUUUGAGCCCCGGUCUUUUGUCAUGGGGUCAGAAUUUUUUUUAGGUUUACUUUUGUUAUGGCAGUGCUAUAUUUUGGUAUUUAAAAACCUUAUGCUAUAGAGUGUGGUCCCCAAGCCUUUUGAAACCAGAAAUGAUAUAAUGUAUUCUUUUCAUGUGCCAUAAUGUCUGUUUCAGAAGGAGAAAGAGGUCAACAGAAGCUUUAAGAGCAUUGCUAUUUAUCCUUUCAAUGACAAAAACCUGUUGUUUUCUGGUGGGCUUGUUAAGGAGUUAAGAUACAAAUAUAUCCAGACUACAUCUUGGCUUUAAAAAAAAGCAAAACAAAACAGAAGUGCAGUUCUGUCUGCAAAACCUAAGAUUUAUUUCACACAUUGGCAAACUUGGUCAUUUAUAUAUUUCUUUUGGUUAUCAAGUUACUUGUAACUACCUUGCACUGUUGAAUUAUGUUCUUUGAAUCCUUGUAUAAAUAAAUAAAAAAAGGCUGGAGACUUAAAUAUGUA